AGCACUACGCGGACACUCCACGGCGGUCAGGUGACCCGCAGCAGGCAGGCCAGUCUCGGCUUCAACCGUCGCUUUGGCUCCAAUGUCGGAGGUGUUUGUGCCUGGAAGAAAUGGACUCUGGCAAUGCACGCAUUUGAUCACUCAGAGAUCCGAUCAGCUGAGUCUGUGAAUGGCGCCAAAACAGGACCCUAAACCUAAAUUUCAAGAAGGUGAAAGAGUCCUGUGCUUUCAUGGGCCAUUGCUCUAUGAGGCAAAGUGUGUCAAAAUCAACAUAAAGGAUAAACAGAUUAAAUACUUCAUUCAUUACAGCGGAUGGAACAAAAACUGGGAUGAAUGGGUUCCUGAAAGCAGAGUUCUCAAAUAUGUGGACAGCAACCUUGCGAAACAAAAAGAGCUUCAAAAGGCCAAUCAGGACCAUUAUGUUGAGGGAAAGAUGAGGGGUUUAGCACCAAGCAAGAAGAUUGCUGCUGUGCAGCAGAAAAAUGUUGAUCUGAAAGUGAAAAAGGCAAAACAGAAAACCCCAGGGCCGGGCGAAGGUACCAGCAGUGGAGAGCCGCCCCAGGGACCCCGGAAGAAGAGGGCUCGGGUUGAUCCUACUGUGGAGAGCGAGGAGAUGUUCACCAACCGUGUGGAGGUGAAAGUGAAGAUCCCCGAGGAGCUGAAGCCCUGGCUGGUGGAUGACUGGGACCUCAUCACACGACAGAAACAGUUGUUUCAUCUGCCUGCUAAGAAGAAUGUAGAGACCGUCUUGGAGGACUAUGCAAACUACAAGAAAUCUAAAGGAAACUCGGACAAUAAGGAGUAUGCUGUUAAUGAGGUGGUGGCGGGAAUCCGGGAAUACUUCAACGUGAUGCUGGGCACUCAGCUUCUGUACAAGUUUGAGAGGCCGCAGUACGCUGAGAUCCUGGCUGAACACCCAGACAUGCCGAUGUCUCAGGUGUACGGAGCGCCACACCUGCUGCGUCUGUUUGUUCGUAUCGGAGCCAUGCUGGCCUACACUCCACUGGAUGAGAAGAGUCUGGCUUUGCUGCUCAGUUACCUCCAAGAUUUUCUCAACUGCACCGAUCAGUCCUCCUCCUCAGUGACCGUCCGUUCUCCGUCUCCUGCAGGUACCUGGUGAAGAACUCGUCCACCCUCUUCAGUGCCGGUGACUACGAGGUCGCUCCGCCAGAAUACCACCGCAAAGCCGUGUGAGAGCUCUCAGCACAAAACGCUCCCAGCGAGACGCAUCACGCCUCCUCCCCAGAUCACAAAUCCAGACAUCCAUUACUGUCGUUCUGAGUGCAGACUUGGAUGAGAUUUUUCACUUGAACUGUUCGCUUCCUCCACACAGGUCUCAGGAGCUUGUCGCAGUUAAGAGAAAAAAAAGAAAAAGACAGGGAACGCAUUUUAGCUGAAUUGCUUUCCUGUUUUUACCCUUUCUCCGUGUUAUAUAAUUUUGUAUUUUUGCAAUGAAAAAUGUUUCUCUGUGGUUUGUUUCCACAGGCAGCUCUUUGGUGUUUUUGUGCAUUCCAGCUGGUAGAUAUCUGUUGCAUGUGUGUAUUUAUUAGUGUUUAAUACGGUUCUACACGGUCAGCACUCAGCAGUUCACGUUUUUGUAUCUGUAUCUUGUGUAUUUGUAUCAAUUUGUAAAAAAAAAAAAAACAUGUUUCUACACAAUC